AGCUCCGCUCCGCCGGCAGAGAAGCGCACGCGACGCGAGCCCAAGCAGCCCGCGCCCGAGUGCAGCCCAGCCCCUCCUGACCCUCCUCCUCCUUACCGCCGCGCAGUAGACUACGACCGGGAGCGCCGUCUUCUCGAGCCGCGAGGGAGAGCAAGCAGCAGCAGCAGCACGAGCCGCAGCGUCCGGCACGAUGGGCAGCGCCAGCAGCAAAGCCGGCGACGCCAACCCCAAGAACUUGGGCGCAGACCCGAACGACCCCAACGCGUUCCCGCUGCACCACCACCCGUACUACAACCAGGCGGGCCACAACCAGCAGCAGCAGGGACAGCAGCAGCAGCAGCAGGGACGCAGCUUCGAUGGCAGCGACGGGAAGCACCCGCGUCAGCAGCAGCAGUACUACGGCGCCCAGCACAGCGCCUCGGAGGCCAUGGAGGUGGACCCGCCCACCGAGUCCUCCUCGGAGAUGUCCUACAUGGACGGAGAGGGGAACAACGCGCAGUCGGCGGACUUGACUGUCCCGCCCGGGGAGGACGUCGUGCCCAUGGUGUUCAAGUGGGAGCACGGCGGACGCAACGUGUUCAUCACGGGCACGUUCAACGGCUGGGACAAGCAGUGCCCCAUGCACAGGUCCGGUAACGACUUCACGUACAUCGCCAACCUCACGCGGGGGAAGCACAUGUACAAGUUCGUGGUGGACGACGACUGGCGGUUCGCGCCCGACCAGCUCACAAUGGCAGAUGUGGAAGGCAACGUUAAUAACUACGUGGACGUGUCGGACUUCGCGCCGCUGUCCGACUUUGACGGCAAGAAGCCGCAGGACGACGACGAAGACCCCGAGAACCCGUACUCUCGGUACAUCCCCGAGAUCGACGAGUACACCAAGGAGCCGCCCCCGCUCCCGCCGCACUUGCGGCACAUUAUCUUGAACAAGGCGCCGCCGACUGUCGAUGGCCGAUUGCUGCCUGUGCCGCAGCACGUGGCGCUCAACCAUCUUUACUGCACAGCAAUCAAGGACGGUAUGAUGGUGCUGGGCAUCACCAACCGCUACAAGCAGAAGUUCGUGACCACCGUUUAUUAUAGCCUCAUGCCCGGCGCCAACUAG